GGCAUUGGAUCAUCUAUAUACUCUCAAUAUUCCCCUCCACCAUAUUGGUAUCAAGGAUUUCGCCGUUUUCAUGAAUGGCGCUAACACAGUAGUCUUGUCCUUCAAUGCUUGUGAACUUUCGAAUUCGGCACUUUCACCGUCGAGCUUAAAUGAUGCAGCUUUCGACGUUUUUGGUCGUUUGUGUCUCCAGGCAAGCAUAUUCUGGUGACUUCUCAACGGGGCUUCGUAUUCAUGCAGUUCUGAAUCAGACGUUCAACGACGCGAGUAAACUAUUAUACAGAGAUCAGUCUGUCCACCUGUUAGAUGGUCCCAAGGCUGUGCCUGAAAUUCCGGAUACUUUAGAAAGCGAUGACGAUGAUUCCUCUACGGUGUCUAGUGACUCGACAACAGAUGCUGAAAUCUCUUCCGAGGACUUUGGGGAGGUCUCACGGCCGCGCCGAGAGAUUAUAUGGGUGAGUCUCACUGACGACACCAUCACCUUGAAAGAUGUCUCUCGGCAAUACAAAGACAUUCUUGAAUCAUUUCCCUUCUCCCCGUUUUAUUUGGAGCCCGAAAUGCGCACUGCCGGCGUCUAUCGGUUAGUGCAUAGAUGCCAAGGAUACCGACGAGAGGAGGUAACAUUCAAGCCUGCAAUCUCAGACUGUAAGGUCGUCAUGUAUGUGACACCUGCUCUUCACGAGAAGUGUGUAGUCUGCGGAAGAGACGUUGAAGUAUUCCGUUGUAUUUGCGGACGCCGUAUGUCACUAGCCAGUCUAUCGAUGGACAUACUGAUAACUCGGGCGUCAGCGGAUGAUGGGUUUUCCCCUACUGUAAAAUGCGUUAAAUGCCACUUAGUGUGGGUUCAUAGCCGGUGCAGAUCUAACAUUUGCUGGGUGUGCGUGUCGAGUGAUGUUGUGGAGCGGGUGCAGCUGGGGCAGCGGCGGGAGCUGGGGCUGGUGGAGCUGUGGCAGCAGGAGCGGUGGCAGUGGCAGCUGGAGCGGGUGCUGGAGCGGGUGCGGCGGGAGCUGGAGCGGGUGCGGCGGGAGCUGGGGCUGGUGCAGUUGGGGCUGCCGGAAGCUGGGGCAGCAGCUGCAGUGGCAGCUGAGGCUGGUGGGGCUGGUGGAGCUGGAGCUGUGGCAGUGGCAGCUGGAGCGGGUGCAGUUGGAGCUGCAGCUGGGGUAGCCGGAAGCUGGGGCUGGCGGAAGCUGGGGCAGCGGCAGGAGCGGCAGGAGGAGCUGCAGUGGCAGCUGUGAGGUUCAGCCAUGGGAUUUUACAGGCAUUGAGGGUGGAGGAGGUGCGUAGUC